GUACAGAUGCUCAUUUUAUUUGGGGUUUUAAAAUUCAGAAAAUGAAAAAAUGAAAAAAAAAUGGCUCAGGGGAAUCCUAGCUCCAGAGCUGAAAGGCAUUCUUUCCAUUUUCAGAUUAAGGAAACUGAGGCAGGAGACAAGCAAGUGUCAUAAAGUACUACUUAAAGUCACAUAAGGUAUUAUGGGGCAGUAUCAAAAUUUGCAUGUGGGGCCCGGGCCUUGUAAGACGCUUUCCAUUAUUCUGCACCGUGGGCAUGCAAACCGCUCGGCUUCUCUGGAUCUUUACUUCUCAUCGGCGAAAUGGAGCGGAUAAUAAGGUUUUUCCGUCUCCUUCCCCGAAAAGCCAGAGGCGCGAUGUGGGCAGGGGUCUGGAAAGCCCCGCCCCCUGAGACAUGCGCACAGCCGCUCUGGGCCCGGGGCUUUAAGCGUUCGGGACUGGACAGAGAGCCGCGGGACGCGCGGCUCACUCUGGUGCGGGCCAGCUGAGGGCGCGCGCCGAGCUGUCCGUGGUCCGGGAGCAGGACGCGGUUGCGAGCGCGCGAGCAUCAUGGACGCGCCGAGUUCCGGGGAGCCCGGGGCGCGCGCUGCUGAGGCCCCGGGAGAGCCAGUGGAGAGCGGGAGCGCGAGCGGGGCCCGCGUCUGGCGGGGCUGGGGCCCCGUGGAGCUGGUCGUCUUCUUGGCCAACUUCUCGCUGGCGCUGCAGCGGCCGCUCACCACCCAGUACCUGUGGCACCGCCUGGGCGCAGAGGUGGGCUACAACGGCACCAGCCGCGGGGGCGGCUGCAACCACACCGAGGACCCCAAGCAGCAGGAAGUGGAGACCCUGACCUCCCACUGGAGUCUCUACAUUGAUCUGAGUGGCUUCUUCGUGGGGCUUUUCUCAGCCACUCUUCUGGGCCCAUGGAGUGACCGUGUUGGGCGGCGUCCACUGCUGGUGCUGGCCUCCUCUGGUCUCCUGCUUCAGGUCAUCGUGUCCAUCCUCGUCGUGAACCUGGAGCUCCAUGUCGGCUACCUCGCGCUGGGACGCCUACUUUCUGCCCUCCUAGGGGACUAUAAUGCCCUUCUGGGCACCAGCUUUGCCUCCGUGGCUGAUGUCAGCACCGCCAGCUCACGUACCUUACGCAUGGCGAUGUUGGAGGCCUGCCUGGGGAUAUCUGGCAUGUUGGCCAGCAUCGCAGGGGGUCACUGGAUCAAGGCCCAGGGCUAUAUCAAUCCUUUCUGGCUGGCACUGGCCAUCCUCAUCACCACCACGCUCUAUGCAGCAUUUGUGUUCCGAGAGUCAGUGCCUGAGCCGAAGAAAGCUUCUCUCUUUACACUCCAGCAUUACCGGUUAGUGUAUCGGCUCUUUGCAGCCCCUGCCCCAGGGAAAUCCAGGAAGAAUCUGGCCCUCUACCUCCUGGCCCUUUUCCUGGUGCUCACCAUUCAUUUUGGAACCUGGGACAUCGCUGUCGUGUACGAGCUAAGCUGGCCCCUGUGCUGGGGCUCUGAUCUGAUUGGCUAUGGCUCCGCGGCCCAGCAUCUUUCCUACCUGGUUGGCCUCGUGCAGCUGUGGGUCUUCCAGCUGUGCCUGAAGGACAGCUGGGUGGCGGAGAUCAGCCUCGCCUUCAACAUUGUGGGAAUGGUGGUGUUCUCUGUGGCCAAAACCACAGCACUGAUGUUUACAGGGUAUGGGAUCCUCUCUUUCUCAUUGGUGGUGACACCAGUGAUCCGAGCCAAACUCUCUAAGCUGGUGAACAAGACAGAACAGGGUGCUCUCUUCUCGUGCAUUGCCUGUGUGAGUGGAAUCGCCAUGCUAUCCGCCACAGGAAUCUUCAACUCCCUCUAUCCAGCCACCCUGAACUUUAUGAAGGGCUUUCCCUUUCUCCUGGGAGCUUUUGUUCUUCUCAUCCCAGCCAUUGUGAUUGGAGUGCUGGAAAUCUCUGACCCUCGACCUGAAUACCAGGAAACACUCUAAUGAAGCCCCCUAACUCACUCUGAGACCCACCAGGAGAAGAGGUGGAGCUUCUGAUUGCUGCUUCAGCAAAUGAAAGCAGAGGGCAGGACUGCUUGCCAGCUGGAGAAGUGUGGACUUCUACCCCACAGGCUUUACCCUCAACCUUUCUGUCCUCAGAAGAGAGGUGAUCAGACCAGUUGGUUAGCUACAGCCAGACUGACCUAGGAUAAAAUUGUGGGGGAAAACUCCCUCCUUUUUGGCAAAAUUGGAAAUAUUGAAAAAUAGCAUUUCUCUGAUCUAAAAAUCCUCUGUAAACUUGGCUCUUUAGGAGAGUGGGUAGAACAAAAGCCUUUGUGUGGGAAAUGGAUCAAGAUUCAGUUAUUGCAUCUGACCUCCAGGACCCCAUUUGGGGAUUUCUUGGGGAUAUUUAAAGAUAGUGAAAAUUUUCACUAUCUUUUUCAUUUCUUCCACUCAUUUUACAAGGGAGAAAACUGAGGCAAAUACAGCUAGUAAGUGUCUGAGGGUGGAUUUGAUUCCAAGCCCAGUGCUGUGUCCACUAUUGAUGCCUCAAGGCCAUAACUAAAAUUAAUUGUGAUCAAUGAUCGUUGCCUUGUCUGUCCUUGAAGGGAAACACAGGCAACAAUUCCUCUGAAAGAACAGCAACUUCUCUUCUCUCAUUCUAAUAAGAUUCUUCCUGUGGAUCUCUGAGAGGAGACCUAUGAAUUCCAUGAAGGGAGUAGACCAAGGAGGCGAUAAGACUGGCAUCUUGACUCACUAAUUCAACUAUUCUAGAAUUUUUUACCCAAACCACGCUUUUUCAUAUUGUGAUUUUCUAUUUCAACAUUCCUUUAAAUGUUAUCUGAAAUCAUUUUGGGAUAGAGUGAUGUCAGAGUGUAUGGGAUCCUAUGCCAGUUUGGUAGAAAUGCUUGGAUGUGAGAUUCAUGUAAAAUUAAAUAAAAUUUAAGAUUUUAAAUGGAAAAUGUAAGAUUAAAUAAAGUUUUUCUAAAAGAA